UGAUGUCUUUUCUUAUAGUAAGUAUAUUUAAUAUAAAUAGUGGCCAAAACUAAGCCAUUUGUGUAAUUGUCCAUUUCUCCUGCAAAUCCGUCCUACAAAGUCCACCAAUUCCAUUUUUUCCGCCAUAGAAGAAGAAGAAAAUCCCCAAUCCACCAUGGCAACACCACCAAUCUUCAUCUCCACCGCCACACUCCACACCCUUUUCACCCACAAAUCCCUCGUCGACCACCUCCAAUCUUCCCUCCCCACCUUCACUUCCACCAUUGAAUCCCCACUUCGCCAUGCCCACCAAACAAGCCCUUCUACUUCUCUCCUCCUCAUGCCUUCUUGGUCUUGUUCCUCUUCACUUCCCUAUAUCGGAGUCAAGCUAGUCACUUACCAUCCCAAUAACUCAACCCAAAAUUUACCUGGGGUUCAUGCCAGUUAUGUUCUUUUCAAUUCCAUUACAGGACAAACUUUAUCCACUAUGGAUGCCACUGAGCUCACCGUCUAUCGAACUGCUUGCACCUCCGCUUUAGCUUCAAAAUUCUUAUCACGACAAGAUUCCGAGACCCUUUUGAUGAUCGGUGCAGGUACUUUAGCUCCGCAUUUGAUCAAGGCACAUCUGACAGUGAGGCCAAAUUUGAAGAAAGUGAUAGUGUGGAAUAGAACUGCUGAUAAGGCGAAAAGGGUGAUCGAGAAUUUGCAAAGUGAAGGUGGUUUUGAAGGGGUGAGUUUUGAGAGUAAUGGGUCUCUUGAGGAGGUUGUGGGGUUGGGAGAUAUUGUGAGUUGUGCUACGAAUUCAGAGACGCCAUUGGUGAAGGGGAAGAAGCUUAAAGAAGGGGCACAUUUGGAUUUGGUUGGAUCGUUUAAGCAUUCUAUGAGGGAGUGUGAUGAUGAAGCUUUGAAGAGGGGGAAAGUGUUUGUUGAUAAUGAAGCUGCUUUGGUAGAGGCAGGGGAGCUUGUGGGUGCAUUUGAGAGAGGGGUAAUUACAAAGGAUGAGAUUGUUGGGGACUUGUUGGAAUUGAUCAAGGGAGAAAAGAAUGGGAGAACAACUGCUGAAGAAAUUACUGUGUUUAAAUCAGUUGGUUCUGCUGUUGUUGAUCUCCUCACAGCUCAAUUGGCAUAUGAGACUUACAUGAAAAGUCAUUAACUCUAGUUUAUUAGUUCUGUUCUCAUAUAUUCUGUGUGGUUAUACAAAUAAUAACAAUAAUAAGAGAAGAUAAAGGCAUAUUUUCUCUGUAGUGCUUGUUCUAUGUCUCAAUAAGAUGGAAAUGCAGUUUAAUGUGG